AUGGGCAGCUGCUUCGGGUGCAAGAUGGCGCAGCGCGACAUUACCCUGGCCGAUGCAGACCCCGAGUCCAGCGACGAGGACUCCGGCGCGGGCUCGGAGGGGGCAGUGGGCGUGCCCUACCCGAGCCCACGCCGGUCUCCGAGAGGCGGGGAGGUGGUGGAGCAGGCGCAGUGGAAGGUCGGCCGCAGGCUGUGGGGCUGGUGUGCCUGCGACUUCGACGUGUCCCCGGGGGCCUCCCCGAUUGAGACCGGCGCUGGUGAGGUCCUGCAGGGCAGUGGUCCCCGCAGUGGCAGCUCCCCCACGAGGCGUUUUGGCCCAGAAAUCCCGCCUCUUAACCUCUCUGCUCCUGCGGCGCCCAAGAAGAAGAAGCCAAAGCCGCGCAUGUAG